AUGGAAAUGAACAACAACAGGACCCUGGCCACCGAAGUAGUUCUUUUGGGUUUUUCAAAAAAUCCUAAAAUCAACGCUGCCUUGUUUUUAUUGUUUUCUGUGGUCUACCUCACAACCAUCAUCGGAAAUGGUCUCAUGAUCUGUAUCAUUUUGAUCAGCCCUCACUUACAUAUCCCCAUGUACUUCUUCCUUUGCAAUUUAUCCUUCAUCGACUUCUUCUACUCCUCCACCGCCAUGCCCAAGCUGUUAGUAGACCUCGUUUCCAGAGACAGAACAAUUUCGAUCGCCGGUUGCGGCAUUCAAGUCUAUAUCAGUGUUUUCUUGGGGGAUACGGAGUGCUUCAUCCUAGCGCUCAUGGCUUACGAUCGAUACGUUGCCAUCUGCCGCCCUCUCUACUAUCCCAUCCUCAUGAGGUGGAGUGCUUGUGUCUGGUUGGCCUCCUUUGUGUGGAUUUUAAGCUUUUUAAUAUCCGUGGUUCCAUCACUUCUAAUGCCGAUGAGAGUUUGUAACCCCAACCAGAUUAACCAUUUCAUGUGUGAGGUUAUAGCCGUCAUUAAGUUAUCGUGUGACAAUAUAUAUGUGAAUCAGCUUGUUAUAUUCUCAAUCAGUUUUUUCACCCUUCUUCUGCCUUUUACGCUCAUUGUCUGUUCCUAUGUUUGCAUCAUAUCAUCAGUCCUAAAAAUUCACUCCGUCGAACGCUCUAAAACCUUUUCCACGUGCACGUCUCAUAUCACCGUGGUGGGUUUAUUUUAUGGGACGGCAAUGGUCAUGUACUUCGGGCCGUCGUCUCAGUACUCGACAGACCAAGAAAAGUUUAUCUCAGUGUUUUAUGUCCUCGUCAUUCCCAUGCUAAAUCCUCUCAUCUAUAGUUUAAAGAACGAAAAGGUGAAAAAAGCUUUUUUAUUGGACAAAUCCCUUUCUCGAUCAUUGCAAUAG